AUGGCACCUCCAACCCCACUUAACGCAUCAUCCCAUCUUCUCGAGUUUCUCAAGACUGUCCACUCCCAGUCUCUCACCCAAGAGGCAAAAGUGGACUGGCACUCUCUACCUGACCAACGUAGCGAUGCCUUUGACAACAUCAUGCGCGAUAAGUUCAUCGCCCUGGACCAGGACAAGUGCGAGCUGGUCUACCACAUUCUGCGGACUAUCAAUGCGAAGACUGUCGUCGAGGCUGGAACAAGCUUCGGCGUGAGUACGAUCUAUCUGGCACUUGCAGUCGCAGAGAAUGUGAAGCGGGACACGUCGGCUACGGCGAAGGGGAGGGUCAUCGCGACGGAGAAGGAGCCGUCCAAGGCCAGCGAGGCCCAGAAGAAUUGGGAGCGGGCUGGCACCGAGAUCGAGGGGGUUAUUGAUUUGCGUGUGGGAGAUCUGCGUGAGACUCUGACCAAGGAUCUGGGUGUCGUGGAUUUUCUUUUGCUGGAUAUUUGGACACCACUCGCUCUCCCAGCACUGAAGCUUGUGCAGCCUUAUCUCCGUCCUGGGGCUGUUAUCAUGGCUGAUAAUACAGUCAAGGCGGCUGCCAAUUACGGAGAGCUGUUUGCGUAUGUUGAUGCUCUCGACAGUCCCUUCCGUCGCGUGACUCUUCCCUAUGAAGGUGGUCUGGAUAUGAUUGUUUAUCAGUAG